AUGCGACACGGUAAUAGCAAUAAAAGCAACGGGUACCUGGUGCACAAUAGCGGUGAUGCGCAACGUAGUUACUCAACUGAUGGUGAGGAGAGUCAUCAUGCUACCUCCAUAAGAACUUCAUCAGAAUAUGCUAUCGCCCACAAGCCCAGCUCUGUGAUUAAAAUCGUGGUACCUUCUCAACAGAAAAGUCGCCGGUCGACUAAUGAAAGGGAUAACGAUAAACGUGUACAUGUAUCACGGAAUGGACGUACUGGUUCUGAUUUAUCGAGAGACUCUCCGCCAAAUAAUAAUAAUAAUAAUAAUAAUAAUAAUUUUAGCAAUAAUAAUGAUAAUAAUCACAACAAUCGGCAUAAUCAGUCAAACAAUGGUUCAGAAACAAAUAUACCAAUUUUUAUUACCAACAGUAAUUACCGAACUACAUCAGAUAUUAGCCGCGGAUCACGUCACAGUCCGGUGCCCAGUUCAAGAAUAGAUGACAGGGCGCCCAGUCAUUAUAGCUGUGGAUCUGCGAGAUCUGGUGGAUCGACCGUAAAGACUAAAACCUCCCGGCAUGGCGGUAUUAUUAUUGAAACAAUGUCCACUCCCAAUCCUUUUUGUCCGAACACCAAGGGAAUGUGUUGUCUCAUGUUGCUCUUAAACCUCAGUCUUAUCCUUGUCACACUUGGCUUCGUCAUAGUUACUCAAAUAUUCCAGCCGGUUAUUGUCUGGAUCUUAGGUAUUGUCUUUGUCAUUUUUGGAUUCUUAACACUCUUAGGUAGUAUGGUAUACUGUAUACAUGUAUGUAAAAAUUCCAAAAAUCCUGGUGAAAUAGAUCCAGAAGACUUUUAUUGGACGCGUUAUUGGCAAGGUCAUGUUGGCUCAGCUCCAGAAAUUCAUUACAAGGCUGAAGGAAAGUAUCAAGAUGACGGAGGAAGUGACCGAAGUAAAUAUUCGGUUAAUUAUUCAGAACGUCGCAGUCAACGAUAUUAA